CCAUUCGCAUGUUCUGCACACACUACCAUCACAGUCCCGUUCUCAUCGAGGCAGAGACAUCGACCAAAUGUCCGAAAGAAACCCUUCAUGGCCCGCACCAAACUAUGUCAACCCAAAGAACAUGCACAGUCUUAUACUCGCUCUCACAAUCCCGUCCAUGGUUUUACUCGUCAUCUUCCUCGCGAUACGAUGCUAUUCCCGCGGAGUGCUCCGGCAGAACAUGAAAUGGGACGAUCAUCUCAUGAUUAUAGCUGCGUGCUGUUCGAUACCGGUGUCCAUCUUUUCGUUGGAAUCACUCAACCUCGGGCUUGGUCUGCACAUGUGGGAUCAACGACCAGAGUGGAACGACGAGUAUAGCAAGAUGGCAUUUGCCGCAGAUAUACUGUUCCCGAUCGCCUGUUCGCUCACUAAAAUAUCGCUGUGUCUUACAUACCUACGUCUCUUCCCAUCGACAGUCGACAGAGUGUUUUGCUAUAUCAUCAGUACAUUUCUAGGGUUAUACACUGUCACUUGCAUACUAUUGAUGCUUUUUCAGUGCGCACCGAUACGUGGGUAUUGGGACAAGACUGUGGACUUCCAAUGUAUCGACAUGCGGUUAACAUUGAUUACUCUUGCCACUCUGAACAGUAUAAGUGAUAUUCUCGUAUAUCUAUGGCCAGCCAAACCCCUUUGGAGUCUGCAGCUGCCUUUGAGGCAGCGCCUUGGUCUCAUUUGCCUCUUUUCUGUGGGGACUACAGUUUGUGUAUGCGGCGGGAUCAGAAUGUAUUUUCUCGAAGAAUAUUUCAGCUCAGACGAUUAUCUCUGGAACGCCGCAAAAGUAUACGUCUGCAUGACCUUGGAGAUGAACUUGGGCAUCAUCUGCGGUUGCUUAUCGGGCGUCAGACCGGUCCUCGCCGUCCUAUUUCCCCGGUACUUCAAAUCCACCGAGAAGACGCCCUCCGGUCCAAGUUAUGUCUACAGCAUCAGCCACAGCAGACGCCGACCAACGCGUCCGGACUCAACUCAAUUCGAAACUCUCUCCGACCGAUACGACUCGUUGAGGACCGUUGACGCAAAGGGCAACAUAAUGCACAGUAAGAUGGAGGAUAAUCUAUCGCCAAUGCGCAUAGAUCAGGGCAAGAGCUUCGCAUGGGUUGAUACGCACGUCAAGGAUGAUGCUCGGAGUGAAAUUACUGAGGUGCCGUUGGGCGCUAUCAAGGUGAAGACAGUAGUGAUGACGCAAGAGGAGGAUGCCCAGAGUGGCACGGCCAGUGGGCGACGGAGCAUCACAGGAAGUGACGACUGGAUCUUGGCGGAUACGAGUGCGUGGAAGAAAGAAUGA